AUGCAUUGGAGUUUGGGUUCUAAAGAUACUGAAAGGCUUCCGUCGGAUCUCAUUUCGUUGACUGCGAAGCCUAUUGAGCCAAGUCCAGUGACUGCAGUUGUAAGACUGGCCACUGCAAAUAAGGAGAAGUUAGCAGAGUUAGAAAAACAGCGUAGCGCUGAUACACAGGAUGUGGUGAAACAGGUAAGGCAUUUCACUUUACAAGAAAAUAAUACGAUUAUUCAUUACCCGAUUACCAAUUUUGCAGAUGAGAGCAUAUUCAACUUUGAAAAGGUGUACGACGUAGGAGUACCAUUAGUAGACAUUCACAAAAGUCUAUCAGAAUCUGUCUUGAAGGAUAUAUAUGAUGGCUAUGAUGUGAGUAUAAUUAGUUAUGGGGAAGCUGGAAGUGGUAAGUCGUUUACACUGUUUGGGAACGAAGAUUCUGACGGUAUUAUUGCACUCACGUUUCAGGACAUUAUACAAAAAAAGAGAGAAUUAGAGAAAGAUCAGAAUACAAUAGUAAAUAUUCAAAUUUCUGCUUUAGAAAUCUCUUUGGAGAAGGUGUAUGACAUGUUACAUUCUGCAGAUGAUAGGAAGCCGUUAAAGUCGCACCACGAAACUAAGAAGUUUGGGCUAUAUUACCAGGAAGCCAAUAAUGAAUAUAUAAAUAGUAUCAAAGAGUUUGAUAGAGUAAUGAAACUGAUACAGGAUAAUAAGGAAGCGUCUGAAAAGAAGAUGGAUAGUAAAAGAUCGACUUCGCAUGUUGUUAUCAGAUGCUCUGUUGAACAAUUAGAUAGAGUACACGGGACGAUCACUUCAUCGAAUAUAAUGUUUGCGGAUCUUUGCGGUUCUAACAGAUUUGAAAAGGACGUGGACCAGAAGUUAGGUGUAGAGAAUAUAAAAAAGCUGAAUCUCUCGAUUUCCAACUUGGAAAGUGUGGUCAAUUCUGUGCUUCAAAACCAACAGAAGAACCACCUAUAUAUAGAAAACAAGUUGGUUCCAAGUGUUAAUAGUUCAGAUUUGCAGCGAGUACCAUACAAGGACUCACAGUUAACUGGCUUAAUACAAGAAGCUUUGGGUGGUAACUCUCGCACCCGUGUUGUGUUAAAUUGUUUCGAUGAUAAAUCGCACCAUGAGGAGACUAUCGCCACUCUACGAUUUGGUGUUCAGUUGCAAAAUAUUCUAAAUUUUGUAAGGGCAGACGUUACCGGUUUGAACUCCAAAAAGACGCUUGAUCUUUUGAUCGAUAAUAUGAAGGUUAUAGAAAAUAAUUAUGAUCAAAAGAUAACCCUAUUAGAAUCUGAGCUUAAUAAACUAGCGGACACUGUUAAGAAGGCAAAGGUGACUGAGGAGCUAGAAACCGAGAUUGUAGAGAAGAAUGAUGAGAUAAAGAAACUAAGAGAACAAUUAGAGACGAUGACACAGUUGUUCAAUAACAUUGAUCCCAAGGAGUCUGAGGAUACCAAAAAGAUCAUUCAAACUUUGAUGGAGAAAUGUGAAAGUGUUGCUCAGUUGCAACUAGAACUGGAGGGUCAAUUGCAUGAGAACUCUAUCUUGAAAGGAGAUGGCGAGAUCAAAGACGCUAAGAUACGAACAUUGGAAACAAUGAACUCCCGAUUAGUCGAACAAUUACAAAAUCAAGAAAGUUCUACACAAGAUAUACUGAAGAGUAAUGGUAUUCUUAAGAAAGAACUCGAAGCGUUAUCGAAUAUAUCUAAGUCACAACAAGAAAAGAUCAAGAUUCUCGAAGCCAAACUAAGAGACUCUGUAGUGAUUAGUUCUACUGAGAGCUCACCAAGGAAGGGAUCGGUAAGUUCUUCCUCAAUAAAUACAAUGUUGCCCAUAGAUGAGUCUGACGGCCAAUCUAAAUCGUGGGGGUUUGUAUCAUCUUCCUCGAAAACUGGCAACUUUUGGGGAGGUCGCAAAGUCUCUACUAGCAGCAUGACCACAAUUACUUCCCAGGAUUCAUUUCAACCAAAGCCGUUAAAGAAAGGGUUUAGUCUAAACACAGUCAAGCCAAAGAACGAACCUGAGGCCGGCUCGUAG